AUGGCGGCCGCGCAGUGGUACGUAGCAGCGCAGGGACUGGCCGUAUAAGCCGUAUUGUCCCGCGGCCCGCGGGUCAACCGAUCGCCGCUUUCGUAUCCGAUGGCAGUCCCGAGCGAUGACGCGAUGGUGAAUAGCACGGCCGCAGACGCCUCGGGACGGCUCGUGGGCGACGAGUGCCGCAUCUGCCUCAAGUCCUGCACGGAGGCAUGCCAGCUCUUCCGCGACGGCGGUAUAUCGGAGAAGCUGAUGGCCCUCGCCGCCGUGCAGGUGGAGGAAGGAGACGGUCUGCCAGCUUAUAUCUGUUUGGCUUGCAAUCAUUUGCUUGACGUGUCCUACGACUUCCGAUGCCAGAUUCAGAAUUCCGACGUGAGGCUACGGCAGAUCCUGAAGCUACAGGUUCAGCCUAUGCUGCAAGAUAAACAUGCGAAAGAUGCCAUGAUAAUCAAGGAUAUCGCAGAUGCCGUAUCCGACGUAGUGUCUUGUAAAAAAGAUAAUCACGUCUUAGAGCAGGAUAUUUAUGUCUCGUCUCAUGAUAUUGUUAUGUUCGACAGUACUGCCGUUCAGUCUGAUGCGGUGAUUAACGAUGAAUCUCACAUAAGUCACAAGUUUAUGGAAAAGACGGAGGAAAUUGUAGAGCCAAGUGAAAAGGAUGCGCUGCUGCAUGUUAAAGAGAAUGUACAUAACGAGGUAAUUCAAGUGUCCUUGUGUCAUGAGGCACAUAUGGAUGAUGCGAUUGCCGAUCAUUCGGAUCGACUGUCCAGUUCAACAACAGAGGACAGAUGCGUCAAGCAAGAGGAAUUGAUGAUACCUGAAGAUAAUGAGACAUCGGGAAACUUAAUGGACGAAAAUCGGGAAGACACAUUGAAGAUUGAAGUUAGGAAUGACAUGUUGGAGAACUUCAAUGACCACGACGUGACGAAGGAGAUGCUGGAAACGGACAAUCAGGACGCGAAAGGCGUCGCGAACUGCAGCGACGACGAGGAGAAGCCGCUCAUAAGCAGGACCAGACAGAAGUGCCUGUACUGCAUCAAGUCGUUCGCGACGAAGGUGGCGUUGCAGCGGCACAUGAACGUGCACAAGCACAAGACAAAGCUGCGUUACGUGUGCGUCGUGUGCGACAAGCAGUUCUCGAAUAUCGACAAGUUGAAAAGCCACAUGCUCACGUGCCACGAGACCCAGGCGACCCAGGAUGGUAAAGCGACGCAGGACGACAAGAAGGUGAAUAAAGUGUCGGCGAAAGUCACUAGAAGCGGCAACCAUGUGGUGGUGGUGGACGGCACGAGGGAGGAGAAGAAGAACUUCAAGUUCACGUGCAAGGUCUGUGCGAAGCAAUUCAUAUAUCAGAAAUCCUUUGUGUCUCACGCCAAGAGCCAUCCCGAGUACAAUAUGGACAACACCGAGGACGUGCACGAUCAGUCCGCGAAUAAUAUGACGAGCGAGCAGAAAGAGAGGAUGCCAAUGUUCAGGGAAAACGAGUCCGAGGAAGAGGAGGAGGAGGAGGAUGACGACGACAGUGAUUUGCCGAUCGAAAGUUUACAGUGUACUCAGUGUGGCAAGCUUUUCGCUACGAAGAGGAAUCUGAAGAGGCACAUCUCGACGCAUAGCGGCUUGAAGUUCAACUGCUCGACGUGCGGGAAAGGAUUUUCGAGGAUCGACAAGCUGAAGGAUCACGAGCAAUCGAAACACAAAGAGGAAAUAUUCGGCAACACCGACGACGAGGACGAUGACGAGGAGGAUAACGAGAGCAAAGUCAACGAGAAUUCCGAGAAUCGAAAGAAGGACCGACACAACAGGCCGCACAAGUGCGCGCUCUGUCCAAAGGCGUUCGCGCAGGCUCAAUCUCUGGCAAACCACGUGGAGAGGCAUAAACGGGUAAAGGACACGCAGAAACGGUUUCUCUGCGAGAAAUGCAGCAAAUGUUUCGCUCAGAGUGGCUCGCUGGUGGCGCAUAUGCGCACGCACACCGGCAUCAAGCCGUACGUGUGCAACGUGUGCGAGCGUGCCUUCACCAAGAGCACGUAUCUGCAGCUGCAUCUGCGAACUCACAGCGGUGAGAAACCGUACAUCUGCCAGUACUGCAGCAGGGCGUUCGCCCGGGCCAACACCCUGGCGCGGCACAUCACGAUGCACACCGGCGAGGCCAAGUAUCACUGCAACAUCUGCACCAAGUCCUUCCGACGGUUGACCUCGCUGAACGAGCACACGUACACGCACACCGGUCAACGGCCGUACGCGUGCAAGCUCUGCACAAAGAGGUACAAUAACGCCGGCUCGCUGUACGCUCACACGAAGAAGUGCAGGGCGCAGCAGUUGUCCAGCUCGACGACGACCGCGUUCGCGGUGUCCACGGCGGACAGCGCGCCGCAGCAGAACGACGCGUCCAUGCCCCAACUGCUGAUCUAUUCCCAGAGGAAGUUGGAAGAGGCGACCGUCGGUCAGGUCGUGUCCACGCCGCAGUACAUGGUAACAAAUGUGCACAAUCAAAAAACGGUGCCAGCCAACGUGAUCCAACCGUUCACUGUCGAGGACCCGAAUGUGUAUAAUUCAAAACAGUUUAAGAACUCGUAUUACGCUAUUUAUCCAAACAUGCAAUAGUGCGUCAAUGCGUCAAUCACGUCCGAUUGCCGAAUUGAUUGUCUUCGCCCAGUGAUUUUGUUCCAUAUUAAAAAUUACACUGACAAUCUGAGAUAUUACGAUACGAAGAAAGAAUCGGGAAAGAGAGAGAUGAACAAUGUUCUGUCAGUGGAUCUAGGAAGCUCAAGAAAUAUGUUAAAUAAUGCAGUGUUAAAUAAUGUUUAAAAUUGCUUACUAUACAUGGAGAGAGAGAGAAGAGAUUUUGUGACUAAUUCGAAAGUCGAAGAUUGAAUUCAUUAACAAAUCAAAAACAUAUUUUUCAUUUGAAUAUGAAAGAUUUCAAUCUAUUGAUUAAGAGUUAUAGUAUACACGUUACUAUGAAAGAAUUCGCCGAAUGGCGCUUAUCUUUGAAUAUCGGACAUGUGAGUGCAGUAGUGUUUCACGGAUGACUCAGGUUAUAGAAAUUAGAAGGUCUCGAUAUAACAAUGUACAAAAUAUAAUGAAAAAGAAUGAUGUUGAAAUUAAAAGAAGUUAGAGAUAUCGGUAAUCUACAUAAAAUUUGUAUUAGAGGUACGCAAAUCGCAAGGUUUUUUUGACGAUGAAUUGAAUUGAAUUUUCCUUUAUUCGAAUCCGAAUCGGACAAAAUUCUAUCCUAAUCGAAUCUUUGAAACAUAACUUGUAAUUAACAACAUAAUUAUUGUUAAGUUGAAUUUUAAUUACAAGGUGUUCCUUAAGUGUACUCGUACAUUGCCAUACUCAAGGAGGCAAUUCUUUGGUGUUUUCUUAGAUUCGAAAUUUUUUAAUAGUUCGGAUUCGAGUCAUAGAGAUUCAAAUCCUAAUCGAAUUGAAUCGUACUUGAUUCGAUUCAAUUCGAUUCGUAUUUAAAGAGCAUCUCUCUAAUUUGUAUAAAUAAAUUCAUGGGCAUGAAGCUAGAAUGACUGGACUGAUUCGUAUUAUUAAAUGAAAAGAAUAAGAUUUAGUAAAUAUAAUCUUGAUUACGUUAUGUUAUUAACUUAGCUUUGAAUGUGUCAAACAAAGGGCGAUAUAUUUCCAAAUAAUCUGAAAUAAUGUAAAUAAUAAAAAAAUAUAUAUAUUUUUGUAAUAUCUA